AUAUCCCUGUUCCUGAGCCAAAGUGUUACUGACUCUGCUGAAGGAGACAAACUUCUUUGUAGAGCCAAAAACUACUUUGAGGCACUUCCAGUGAAGGAGAGAUGCUUCCCUCCCACACCCCAAAACAUUUACAGUGACAGCACUGGUCAAUAAGCCCAUUGCCAUGUUAGAGCCAACAGGGCUGGGGCCAUGGAGUGAAUGAAGACCUCUCAGAUGGUCCAAAUGGCAGUCUGACAAAUAUCACCUCUGAGGUGACACUGAUGCAAUCCACCUGGCUGUGACCAGGGAGGUGGAAUACAUUCCCUGCAUACGUUGUGCUGUGAGGACAUCUUCCACAGGAGGAUCCCACAGGGCUUUACAGGGAUCUGCAGGUCACUGUGGCCACCAGCACCACCCUUCUCUCUGCACUGCUGCAGCCAAGCACCAGGUGCUUAAGGUGCCAAAUUUCGGGUUACGAGUUACAAAAGGUGUUUUCAAGCUUUUUCAAGCCAAAAUGAUUCCUAGGUGAACCUGGAUUGCCAUGCUGCAGCUGGGAGGGUUUGGCUCUGCAGUGCCUGUAGGAUGUUUUCUGCUGAGGGUAUGUUCAGAAGAAACAGGUUAAGUUUCUCUCAUGCCACUAUUCAUUUUCCAUGUGCUAUAAUACUGUAACUGCCCCUGUGAAGCCAAGGAGUGGGCAGGUGAAAGCAGGGCAUCCCAUCCAAGGCUGAGACAUGAUGCCAGUGGGAGCAGCACCAGCACUCAGGCACUGUCCUGCUCACAGGGUGGCUACCCAGGGACAACUGCAACUGUACCCCUCUCUGUUUCUCGUGGGCACCUGCCUCUUCGUCCUCCUCCUGCUCAUCGUCUUUCUCCUUUCUUGCUGGCACCACUCUUUGAAAGGAGCAAGGCACUGAUGACCUUUCUGAUGGGGUUGGUGGCAAAUUUUCCUUAUUCCUGGGCUUCCUUCAGACAGGGCUUCCCACUGCCAUGCAGACACAGCAAAGGUCUCCCAGAGAGGGGCUUUGGGCCAUGUCUUUCCUCUGUGAAUGAGGUGCCAGUGGCCUGCGCCACUGCUACCACUGAUGCAUGUUGACAUCCUGUCUCCUCUAGCCAGUGCUUUCCCCAUAGGAAGACCCUGGGGUGGAGCUUGGCAAGCUGCAAGCAGAGGUCACUUUGGCAUCUCUGGCUGGGGGUGUUUUGUGCUGCUGUGACUGUGCUGACCAUUGCAGGCACCAGAGGAUGUCCUGUCACAGGCUCUGUGCAAAUGUCACAGGCAGCUUGCUCCUCUCCCACUCAGGCUCAGUGAAACACCUCCCCCAAGCACAACAUGUGUGGUAUGAACGUCCGAGGUGUCACCCUCAGUCCCAGCUAUUACAUGGGGUGGCUUGUGAGCCUCUGUUCCUACUUCAUUGGGAGAUGCCUGGACACUUCACAGCUCCCUAGCAGUCUCAGAGUUGCUGGGGCUUGUUCCUUGUGCUCAGGCAGCCUGUCAUGUCUAUUUAGGAGGCACAGAACUGCCAAAUUCCCAUUUGGUGAACACAUCUUUUUCCACAUUGAAUGAUUCCUAGGUAUAUUCUCUGCCACCAACACUAAUAAAUUUGUGAGUGCUAUUUUAAACCUGCAUAUGGAUAGUGGAGAUUCAGCUUCAACACUGUCAGUAACUCCUGUGACAAAGUAAUUUGUUCCUGGUUUUGAUUUCUAGUUUCAGGUAUUUUAAGAGUUAAUACCCAGCAGAGCUUGGUUGUCAUGGCUUGACUCAUGUACAGAACUUUGACCAAUAUCACUCUGCCCACCACGGACAAAGAAAGCCAAACAUCACCACCACAUGUGCAAUAGUUGCAGAUAUUCUUAGUUCACAGAUAUUUACCCCUCUGCCUUUGGAGCAAUGGUGAAUGCAGGUGGACAUUGAAAGAGUUUGGGAGAGAUAAGAGACCAUUCCAAAUGGGGAUCUUUAGUGGCACAUCUGUGGACUGAUGCCCAGUGAGGUACUGUUUGUUCAAAACAAACAAAAAAGUUAUGAGAUUUGCCUGAAUUUCAGUAAUGGCACCAAGCUAUAGUGAGGAGCAGCAGUAUUUAAGGAGAUAACACACACUUCAGAUGUUACCUGUUGCUCAGCAGCGCUGCUCUUUCCCAUGUAUCUUGUGUUGUUGGGAAAAUCAGACACAGCUAUGGGAUGGAAGCCGUGUUGGGUCAGGAUAUGGUGGCAGUAGGUACUUGGUAGAGUUAGUGGAAAUUCAGUGCUGUUCAGGGCUUUAUUGUCAGUGAGACCAUUCUGAAGUGUGCAUGUUUUGGGUGAUAUGGACUUGGCAGCGUUCAGAUUACACUUGGACUUGAUGAUCUUAAACAUCUUUUCCAACCUAAAUGAGUAUGAUUCUGUGAUCAUUUCCCUUUGGUAUUUCUUUCUGUGCUUGGGUGAUUGUGGUGGGAAGGUGCCUUCCAAGGAGAAAUGUUUAAGCAAACAUGGUGCCCUUUACCAUUGCUGGCUAUUGGCAGCAUUGGACCAUUCCCCUCAGACAUCUUCACCAAAAGUUCUUGGAGCAGAGGAGAGGCAGUGCUACUUUUUCUCUCCUAGCCAGAGAAACUGCAGAACAGGGGCAGCAGGUGGGACGGGGGCACCCAGGUGAAAGACGGGGACACUUCAAAGACAUGUGGGGGAAAUUGCAAAUCUCUUCCACUGACGUUCAUAUAAACGCCCAAAGUAAAAGGCAUACUGAUUAUUCAGAGAUAAACCUGAAAUGUUUCCGUUUCUCUAAGUGUCAAGUACAGAGGCUGUAACACAUGUCACAAAGAGGAAAAGAUAUUUUAGGACUGUGCACCGCAUCAGUGAGGACCUUGCCUGUGGCUUGGCAUUGCAGAGUAAGCUCAGGUAAAUACUGCCAGCCUAUAUAAUAAAUGAAGGUAUGCCUGCUUCUUAAAAAUAUGUCAUAUAAAGACAAUUUUUUUGCACUCUUUAAACACAGUGUUGGAUUAUGGAGAGGAACUUGACAUACCAGCUGGGCAGAGGCGGCUCUGAGGACAUGUCGGUGGGUUACACAUUGCCAACAUCUAACUCCCCUGCAGCCUAUGAAUCCGCCUUUUACUACCCAGACCUGGGCAUCAUCUGUAAUGCUGAAAAUAUUCCAGCAUUUUCAUCUACCUUUUUUCCAGUGCUGUACUCCCUACUGUUUGUGGUAGGCCUUGUGGGAAAUGCUUUGGUGAUUUGGGUUCUAACAGUUUUCAAGAAAAUCAAGACCAUGACUGACGUGUAUCUGCUGAACCUCGCCAUCUCUGACCUUCUCUUUGUUUUCUCCCUCCCCUUCUUGGUUCGGUACUCCGUUAUGAGUCAAUGGACUUUUGGAAAUGCUAUGUGUAAGAUCAUCAGCUCAGCUUAUUUCAUUGGUUUCUACAGCAGCGUCUUCUUCAUAACCAUCAUGAGCAUUGACAGGUACUUGGCCAUAGUCCAGUCUGUCUAUGCUCUGAAGAUUCGAACAGCUGCCCAUGGGGCUAUCACCAGCCUGGUCCUUUGGGUAAUUGCCAUUUUAGCAUCAAUGCCAGACUUAAUUUUUUACCAGGAAGUAAAUGACAAUAACCAGAUUAAAUGCAUCCCUCAUUAUCCUGGUGGCAACAAUGGCUGGAAGACUUUCAGUAAUUUUGAAGUCAACAUCCUGGGGUGGUUGAUCCCUGUUGGUGUCCUCAUUUUCUGCUACCACAGCAUCUUGAAAAACCUGCAGAAGUGCCAUACCCAGAACAAGUACAAAGCAAUAAAACUGGUUUUUAUUGUUGUAAUUGUGUUCUUCCUCUUCUGGACUCCCAUCAACAUUGUGCUUUUUUUGGACUCUCUAAGGAACAUGUACAUCAUUGAUGACUGCCAGACAAGCCAAAGGCUAGACCUAGCUGUGGAGCUGGCUGAGGCUCUCUCCUUCGUCCACUGCUGCCUCAACCCAGUUAUCUAUGCCUUUGUGGGUGAGAAGUUCAAGAAGCAUCUCUGUGAAGCUUUCAGAAAAUCUCCAUGUUUUCUCUUGAUCUGCAAAGACUACAGAGCUUUCAGUGGACGCAGCCUGGACAAGAACUCCUCUCUGCACACAAGGUCCUCACAGUCGUCUUCUAUUGGUACAGUCCUGUAGAACUACAAGUCAAAAACUAUCAUCCUGGGCAGGUGUCCUAAAGCUGGGAAAUCCUCCCAGAAGGGAAUCCACAGAGAUGGACUAUUUGUGAAACAUUUUAUGACAGAAAAAGUGGAAGCAGCUGCUUGAUUUCGCUUUUAGUGUUGUUACUUUUUAGAGUCUUUUUUAGCAUCUUCCUCCUUUUCCCCUAGCACAUCCUGCCCUGCCUGCUUCAUAAAAAGGUGGUGGAAAUUACCAGCAGAUUCCCACAUUGCCUGAGCAGCAUGGAGAGGUGCCUUAGAAACAUAUCUUCCACCUCUCAGAUUCAGUACUGAAAGGAACUGUUUAUGUUUCCAAACUCUGGACACUUGGCUGCUCCUUCCCUGGUCUCAGCAGACUGAAUUGGCUUUGUGAGCAGGGAUAGGGCUCACUGCAGGAGUGGGAACCUGCUCUUUGGUGGGAAAUGGUAUCCAAGUUUAAGGUGUCAUGGCAGGGACUGGCUCCCAGUUGACAUGUCUGAAUGAGGCUUUCAGCCCCAAAAGAGCCUGGUGAAUAAUUGGAUAAGCAACAAAGAAAUAAAUACCGUCCACAUGUUUUUGUGAAAUCAAUGUGAAUUAAUAUCUAAGUAUGAUCUUGACACCCCAUCUUUUACCAGGGCCUGCAGCUUCUUGGCUGGAAGGGUUUGGAAGCUGUAGCCCUAUAAAUAAUGCUGUGGGUGUCAAAAAACAACACUUACAGGAAUGAAUGAGACCUGUAGGAACGGGCGGAGGAAUAGUUACCAGGAAAAAGGCUGAAGAGUGGAAAAACUAAUGAGUGUGAGCUGAGAGAGUGGUAAGAGUGCUAUGUCAAAGCUUUCUGUGGACCUGCUGACUGGUAAGCCACAGGCCAGGGUGGUGUCUGCUCUCAGCAGAGCCCUGACCUGCUGGCUGAGGAGCUGGCUGUUCCGCAGAUGCCUGGAACAGGACAGAGAGAGACAAAAAUAGGGGUAAUACCUCAAGCAUCCUGCAACUCAGGUGAUAUCUAAAGCAAACAGCACUGGCUGGUUUUGUGUGGCCAGAGGCCCCUAAAAAACACAGAUGGCAGUCACAUGUCCUCAUGAGGGAACUUUUUGAACACUUUAAGCAACUGAUGUGCCAGUGUGGUCACUGCUCUUGAGAGUACAACUGGGUUGGCCUCCUAGUUACUGUACCAACUU